UUCUGUGUUUUGCAUCUGUGACAGAUGAGUCAGUUUGGAAACAGCAGUGAGUGGAGUUGAGUGUUAUUCAGAAGGUUGGAUUAGAAUUUGAACAAAAAAUAAAUCUGUUAUUGAACCAUUUUCGAGUGUAAUCAAAGAUAAAAAACGUUACAUAAACCUUUGUCAUAAAUUAAAAAGUUACAUCAAUGUACCACCCGGUACCAAACCCAAAAAAUUGAUCUUUUACUCCCUUGCACCCAUUUCUUCUCAAACUCGUAUUAAUAGCUCGAAAAUGGACUCGACUCAAGAACAAGUUGUAAUGACUCCAAAAUGCAAAACUGCCAAUUCAACGACUCUCAUAAUCGAAAGACGGGCUGUGAAUAAAACCAAUGAGAAAAUGCACGUGGCUGGGGGUGAACACACCGGAAUUAUAAUAAAUAAAGAAACCACAAAUGAAAACGGCGUUUCGGCCCCGGCUGAGCUCUCGCUCGAGUUUCGGGUUUUUUUAGUCAGUGCACAGACGGGGAAACACACCCAGGAAUCACGAACUUUACGGUUCUGGUUCCGGGAACAGGAAGGCGAGAAGGCGGCUGUGGCGCAGGACUUCUUCAAGGAAUUAGUCAGCCCACAGGAGUUCCCCAGAGAUUAUGUCGGAUUUAUUAAAAAAGUCAUGAAACUGAUGCAACAUAAUUAUAAGAGUAUCACGAAAGUGGAGGUCGAAUUAACUCAGCUGCAGGAAGCCCAAGUCCCGACAAGGCCACCGCGACCUGGUUACCUCCAAAUCGAGCUAGCACCUGUUUGUAACUCAGUAUCAGCCGACGAAAACUCAUUGGGAAAUGUAGUGUUACUGACGCGCGAAAAAGUCUUAGAAAUAAUUGAAUCGUCUUAUCCGAACCCUAUCACAAUCCAAGACAUUGCAAAGGAAAAUGGUUGGGAUGAGGAGGAAGUGGCCCAUCACAUUGCCGAUUUACAAUCAAGCAACAUUGUCAAAGCCAUGGAACAUGGCGCUUUUACCCGCCAACAGUCCCACGAUACUCAAGUAAUUAUCGUGAAACAAAUGCCGACGAUGGUCAGCUCCAAACAACCGACAAUCGCCAUAAUCACAGCCCAGUACUGUGAGAAAUUGGCCGUGGAUGCGAUGAUUGAAAACAAGGAGACUUUCGUGAGAUAUACAACAGUAGGUCCCAGUAGCCCCACGGGUGACAAACCGAGGGCCCGCUUCGGGGAAUCCAAUGUUUACACUUUGGGGAACAUUGGGGCCCACCGUAUUGUGUGCACGAAAUUGCCCUCAGUGGGCCAUACUCGGGAAGCAAUGACCGCUGCUGGUAACACAACCACGAGACUUUUGGGGACGUUCCAGAAGGUAGAUUAUGUGUUUUUGGUCGGUGUGGGUGGGGGAGUCCCCCAUUACACCGACUAUAACAAGCAUGUCCGGUUAGGAGACGUCGUGAUUUCGCAUCCCGUCGAUAAUAAGGACGUGUACGUUUAUUGCGAGACGGCCAAAGUCAGCGAUAAGGGUUACGAUUUUGAGGUCAAACACUACCGCCCCAAUAACUUCAUUUUGCAAGACAUUUCCUCACAGUUAAAGUCGUCCGAUUCGGGUGAUAAUGGGACGGUUUCACCGUGGGCCAAAUAUCUCAAGGAUGGUUUAAAUAUUCUCAGUUCGCAAAUCGAGACCGAUUUUAACCCCCCGAGUGUGGAAACCGACAAACUGUACAUGACUAUCGGUGAAAGGGACUUGAUCGAAGUGGCCCAUCCUGUGCCACAGGACAAAAACAUUAAAAGUUAUAAAAAGCCGGAAAUUCGGAGAAAACCGGUGAUUACGCCGAGAAAAACACUCUCGAGUCGAACUAGAACGAUUAAGAGAAAAAUUCUUAGGCAGGAGGGUUGCCCUCGCAUCCACUUAUCCACCAUAGCUUCAGGCCGUCUGAUCGUCCGCGAUGACCGCUUGAGACAGAAGUUUGCGUCUGAAAUGGGGGCUUUGGCGUUCGAUUGCGAAUUUGACGCUGUUAUAGAGUCGGUUCUUGGCAAUUGCAAGGAUAGUUUUAUCAUAAUUCGGGGCAUUUCUGAUUAUAAAGACGGUACUAGACGCAAAGAGUGGCAACCGUAUGCGUCUCUAGCCGCUGCUAGUGUUAUGAAGUCGAUCAUUUGCGGCCUAGAGCCACCAACUAACGUUUAGUUAUGUAACUUAGGUACAAAGACUUGCAUGGGACUAAUUUUAGAUCUGGAUUUUUCGACAAACUUUACACUUAUUUAUUUUAGUUUCUUUCGGUAGGUGGUUAACGUUGUAAUAGUCUAUGAAGUUACCAUUUUAGAAUAUUUAAGAUUAAAUUGUUGCUCUAUGGUGAGUAUAGUUAACGAAUUUCAUGAGACUGUCUAGGGUUUCGUCACGAAUCUAGAAUAGGUCACGACUGCCAAUUAAUCAAAUUAUUGUUCAAAUUGUGAUUAGGUGAUACUUUAGUAUUUUCCCCCAAAAUUCCAUUUUUAAUUGCUCAUGUAAUAGUACUUCCAAAUUGCAUUUAUAGGUAGGAUAGCACAAAGUAGACUUUUGAUAUUAAUUCCAGUGUUUUUGUACAAGACAUUUUUGACUUGCCAUGUUUUAGUCACAGAGCAUAUUAAUUUAUUAAUGUUUUUAUUUAUGAGUUUAUUUAAAUUAUUUUGUGUAUCUCAAUAAAGAAUUUUAAACCUCA